UGUUUCCCAGCCAAGUCCUUCAGAUGAAGCUCAGAAGGACUGCACCAUUGGAAUGGCUGGCAUGGUCCUGUCUCUCCUUCAAUCAACGUGGUUCCCACUGGACCUCUCUGCACAUCAGGAUGCCUUGAUUUUGACUGGAAACUUGCUUGCAGCAAGUGCUCCCAAGUGCUUGAAGAAUCCUUGGAGUGCUGAAGAAGAUUCAAACCAAGGUGCUGCAAAGCAAGAGGAACCCUGGCCAGCUCUGGCAGAUCGAACUCUUGUUACUUUAGUGGAACAGCUCUUUUCUCAUCUGCUGAAGGUCAUUAAUAUUUGUGCCCAUGUAAUGGAUGAUGUCGCUCCUGGCCUAGCAGUAAAGGCAGCGUUACCUUCUCUCACAAACCCUCCUUCUCUUAGUCCAAUUCGGAGGAAGGGGAAGGAGAGGGAGCCUGUCGAACAGACGUCUGUGCCCAUGAGCCCUAAAAAGGGUGGUGAAACGAGUCCAGCUCCUAGGCAAACUGAUGCUACUGGGCCUGUUCCAACAAGUAAAUCGUCUUCAGUAGGAAGUUUUUAUCAUCUUCCAUCAUAUCUUAAGUUAUAUGAUGUCUUGAAAGCAACCCAUGCUAAUUAUAAGGUUACUUUGGAUCUCCAGAACAGUAAUGAAAAGUUUGGAUGUUUCUUACGAUCUGCCUUAGAUGUUCUGUCUCAAAUGUUGGAACUUGCUACUCUUCAAGACAUUGGAAAGUGUGUAGAAGAGAUUUUGGGAUACCUAAAAUCAUGUUUCAACAGAGAACCAACAAUGGCAACAGUUUGUGUACAGCAGUUACUGAAAACAUUGUUUGGGACAAAUCUGGCUUCUCAGUACGAUGGCUUGUCUUCAAACCCCAACAAAGCUCAAGGCAAAGCUCUACGCUUAGGUUCUUCCAAUUUGAGACCUGGUCUCUAUCAUUAUUGUUUCAUGGCACCAUACACACAUUUUACACAGGCCCUUGCUGAUGCUAGUCUAAGGAACAUGGUUCAGGCUGAGCAGGAACAUGAUGCUUCAGGAUGGUUUGAUGUGCUGCAAAAAGUUUCUACACAGCUGAAAACUAGCAUUACCAGUGCAGCAAAACAUCGUGCUGAUAAGAAUGCUAUUCACAAUCACAUUCGUUUAUUUGAACCCCUUGUCAUAAAAGCAUUGAAACAAUAUACUACAACAACAUCGGUACAGCUGCAGAGACAAGUUCUAGACUUGCUUGCUCAACUUGUUCAGCUACGAGUAAACUACUGUCUUCUGGAUUCAGAUCAGGUGUUUAUUGGAUUUGUGCUAAAGCAGUUUGAAUACAUUGAAGUAGGACAGUUCAGGGAGUCUGAAGCAAUUAUUCCUAAUAUCUUUUUUUUCCUGGUGUUGCUGUCUUAUGAGCGGUAUCAUUCCAAACAGAUAAUUGGAAUUCCUAAGAUCAUUCAGCUCUGUGACGGUAUCAUGGCCAGUGGGAGGAAAGCUGUUACACAUGCAAUACCAGCUCUGCAACCUAUUGUUCAUGAUCUCUUUGUGUUGAGAGGAACGAAUAAAGCCGAUGCUGGAAAAGAGUUGGAAACACAAAAGGAGGUGGUAGUGUCAAUGCUGCUGAGACUUAUUCAGUACCAUCAGGUGCUAGAAAUGUUCAUCUUAGUAUUGCAACAGUGUCAUAAAGAAAAUGAAGACAAAUGGAAGAGACUGUCCCGACAAAUCGCUGACAUUAUUCUCCCAAUGCUUGCAAAACAACAGAUGCAUAUUGACUCUCAUGAUGCUCUGGGAGUAUUGAACACUUUGUUUGAAAUUUUGGCUCCUUCAUCCCUUCGCCCUGUAGACAUGCUUUUAAGGAGUAUGUUUGUUACUCCUAAAACAAUGGCAUCAGUGAGUACUGUCCAGCUAUGGAUUUCUGGGAUUUUAGCUAUACUAAGAGUUCUGAUUUCACAGUCAACAGAAGACAUCGUUCUAUCCCGUAUACAAGAGCUUUCCUUCUCACCAUAUUUGAUUUCGUGUCAAGCAAUUAACAGGCUGAGAAGUGGAGAAAAUAACAUAUCCGUACCAGAGGAUCGCACUGAGGUUAAACAGGCUAAAUAUCUACCUGAAGAGACAUUUUCUAGGUUCUUACUACAACUGGUUGGCAUUCUACUGGAAGAUAUUGUUACCAAACAACUGAAAGUGGACAUGAAUGAACAGCAACAUACUUUCUACUGCCAGGAGCUGGGCACGCUGCUUAUGUGCUUAAUACAUAUCUUCAAAUCAGGGAUGUUUAGAAGAAUCACAGCUGCAGCCACCAGACUUUUUACAGGAGACGGAUCUGAUGGUAGUUUCUAUACUCUUGAAAGUUUGAGUGACCUUGUUCAGUCAAUGAUUCCCACGCAUCCUUCUUUAGUUCUCCUCUGGUGUCAAAUCCUGCUUCUUGUCAAUUAUACCAACUACAACUGGUGGUCAGAAGUGCAUCAAACCCCAAAGAGACACAGUCUCUCUACGACUAAACUGCUUAGCCCUCAGAUAUCUGGAGACAGUGAUGAAUCCAAUUCAGAGUCUAAACGUGGCAUGUGCAAUCGAGAGAUAGUGAGAAGAGGAGCGCUCAUUCUUUUUUGUGACUAUGUUUGUCAAAACCUACACGAUUCAGAACACUUGACCUGGCUUAUUGUGAAUCAUGUUCAAGACUUGAUUAAUCUGUCUCAUGAACCUCCAGUACAAGACUUUAUUAGUGCUGUUCACAGGAAUUCAGCAGCCAGUGGUCUCUUCAUCCAGGCCAUUCAGUCACGGUGUGAGAAUCUUGCAGCCCCUACAACUCUGAAGAAGACUUUACAAUGCUUAGAGGGGAUACAUCUCAGCCAGUCUGGAGCUGUCUUAACAUUAUAUGUUGAUAAGCUUCUGUGUACUCCAUUCCGUGUACUUGCUCGCAUGGUUGACACACUGGCUUGUCGUCGGGUAGAAAUGCUUUUGGCUGCAACUUUACAGAACAGCGUUACUCAGUUACCAAUUGAAGAACUGGAUAGAAUUCAGGAAUACCUUCAAAACAGUGGAUUAGCAACAAGACACCAAAGACUUUACUCGCUCUUGGACAGAUUUCGUCUUAUGGUAGCACCAGACACUACGAGUCCUUCACCUCUUGUUACCUCACACCCACUAGAUGGAGAAGACCAACCAGCUUUAGAGAAUGUAAUUCUAGACAAAGACUGGUAUGUGUCAUUAGUGAAGUCGCAGUGUUGCAUCAAGUCUGACUCAGCACUACUAGAAGGCGCAGAGCUGCUAAAAAGGAUUCCUGAACCUGACCUGAACUCCUUCAUGACCAGCAAGGAAUUCAACCUGAGCUUGUUAGCACCUUGUUUAAGCCUUGGCAUGAAUGAAAUCUCAAGAGACCAGAAAAGUAGCUUCUUUGAAACAGCUCGGAGGGUAACUCUGGAUCAUGUGUCUACCACUGUACAAAACCUUCCUGCCAGCCACCAGGUUUUUCAACCACUAUUGCCAACUGAGCCAUCAGCCUACUGGAAAAAACUAAGCGAUAUCUUUGGAGAUGAGGUGAUGUAUCAGUCUAUGAUGACUCUUUGUCGUGCACUGGCUCAGUAUUUGUUGUUACUCUCAAAACUACCAGCUGGUCUCCGUGUUCCUCCUGACAAAGAGGAUGAUAUCCUGAAGUUUGUAGUUACUUCAGUAGAGGCACUGUCGUGGCAUUUAAUGCAUGACCAGAUUCCAUUAAGUAUAGAUCUUCAAGCUGCUCUGGAUUGUUGCUGCCUGACAUUACAGCAGCCUAGUCUCUGGAAUUUGCUGGCUUCUGCAGAUAAUGUGACAUAUGCUUGCUCCUUAAUUAAUUGCAUUAGGUUUAUCAUAGAAGCGGUUGCAGUUGAACCUGGUAAUCAACUACUUAGUCCUGAAAGAAAGAAGAAUACUUCAAAAUGCUUAAGUGAAGGUGAAGCUGAUUCAAACACACAGAAAACUAAACACAUUACUGCAGCUUGUGAAAUGAUAGCUGAGAUGGUGGAAUGCUUACAGACUGUCUUGGCGCUCGGGCACAAAAGAAACAGCAGUAUCCCAGCGUUUCUUACUCCUGUCCUCAAGAACGUCAUCAUCAGUUUAGCAAGACUGCCUCUGGUGAACAGUUACACAAGAGUACCUCCAUUGGUAUGGAAAUUAGGCUGGUCACCAAAGCCUGCAGGUGACUUCGGCACAGUUUUUCCUGAAAUCCCAGUAGAAUUUCUUCAAGAAAAAGAAAUCUUUAAGGAGUUCAUCUAUCGCAUUAAUACACUUG